CAGCUGUACAUGAUACAGAAAAAGAGCAGAGAGGAGACAUGUGGGGAAGGCAGUGGAGUAGAGAUCCUGGAGAACAGGCCAUACAUGGAUGGACCGGGAGGCAACGGGCAGUAUACUCACAAAGUGUACCACAUUGGUAUGCACAUACCCAGCUGGUUUCGGUCAAUAUUGCCCAAGGCAGCUCUGCGAGUUGAAGAGGAAUCGUGGAAUGCAUAUCCUUAUACAAGGACAAGGUAUACGUGUCCAUUUGUGGAGAAGUUCUCUAUUGAUAUUGAGACAUACUACAAAACUGAUCCAGGAGAGCACGUCAACGUGUUCAACCUUUCUCCUGCAGAAAAAAGACAAACCAUUCUAGAUCCUAUUGAUAUUGUUAAGGAUCCUAUACCUCCACAUGAAUACAAAGCUGAGGAGGAUCCCAAGCUGUAUAAAUCAGUGAAGACUAAAAGAGGCCCCCUCUCAGAAGACUGGAUUCAAGAGUACAAGAACAACCCUGGGAAAUACCCCAUCAUGUGUGCAUAUAAACUGUGUAAAGUCGAGUUCAGAUACUGGGGGAUGCAGUCGAAAAUCGAGCGGUUUAUCCAUGAUGUUGGCUUGCGGAAGGUCAUGGUCCGUGCCCAUCGGCAGGCUUGGUGCUGGCAGGAUGAAUGGUAUGGGCUCACCAUUGAGGAUAUCCGGCAGCUGGAGAAGGAGGCACAGUUGAUGCUGGCUCAGAAGAUGGCCCAGUUCUGCAGUGAAAAUGAUACUGAGCAGCACAGUGUCAAAGACGCUCCUGGUGAGAAGGAUGUUGAAGCCAGCACAGUUUCACCUGUUGACACAGAGGAUGCCGCUGGUAACAGCGAAACAGCCUCUGGGAGAUCACUCACCAAGCAGUGGUCCACGUCUUCCAAGUCCUCACGAUCUUCAAAGAGAGGAGCAAGUCCCUCACGCCAUAGUAUCUCCGAGUGGAGGAUGCAGAGCAUUGCCAGAGAUUCAGAUGACAGCUCAGAUGAUGAAUUCUUUGAUGCCCAUGAGGACUUGUCUGACAAUGAGGAAAUGUUCCCGAAAGAAAUAACCAAAUGGAGUUCCAAUGAUCUGAUGGAUAAAAUUGAAACCCCCGAAUGCGAUGAUGUCCAGGGUGACUUGUAUCACGAGACAUCAGCAGAGUACCGUGUUGGCUCCAGCGUGGAGCGGCUCAGCAUCAUUGAAGAUGAAUCAGUGCAGCCAUUAAUGCAGCCAAGUAAAAUCCAUGUCCUCCUCUUGGUACUCCAUGGAGGGAACAUCCUGGACUCAGGAAGUGGUGACCAGAGCUCUAAGCAAGGGGAUGUCAACACCAUCACGACAGUGUUUGACACAGUGAUGAGGGUACAUUACCCAGCUGCUCUUGGACACAUUGCCAUCAGGCUAGUCCCUUGCCCAGCCAUCUGCUCUGAAGCGUUUUCGCUGGUGUCCAGCCUCAGCCCAUAUAGUUAUGACGAAGGCUGCCUGUCCAACAGCCAGGAUCACAUUCCCCUUGCUGCACUCCCUCUGCUAGCAACAUCAUCCCCGCAGUACCAAGAAGCGGUAGCCACAGUCAUUGUCAGAGCCAACCAGGCCUACAGCGAGUUCAUCAGAUCCCAGGAGGGCAUGUCCUUCAACGGCCAGGUCUGCUUGGUGGGGGACUGUGUUGGAGGAAUUCUGGGAUUUGAUGCCUUAUGCUACAGCAAUCAGACUGUGUCUGAGAGCCAGAACAGCAGUCGGCGAGGAAGCGUUGUGAGUGUCCAGGAUACCGACCUCCUGUCUCCUGGAAUAACGGUGAACAACAGCUAUUGUUCCAGUGGCUCUAAUCUGGAAGCCAGCAGACACCUCAGCAGGAGCAACAUUGAUAUUCCCCGUAGCAACGGAGAAGAUCCAAAGAAGCAGCUGCCACGAAAAAGGAGCGAUUCAUCAACCUAUGAACUGGACACGAUAAAGCAACAUCAAGCCUUUCUUUCAAGUUUACAUUCUAGUGUGCUGAGAAAUGACCCAGGAUCCAGGCGAUCUAGUAGCUCUACUAUGUUGGAUGGAGGAAAUAUUGGAAAGUUUGAAUUUGAGAUCACUGACUUCUUCCUCUUUGGUUCUCCCUUGGGUCUGGUUCUUGCACUGCGAAAAACUGUCAUUCCAGCUCUUGACAUCUUUCAGCUCAGACCGGCUUGUCAGCAGGUCUAUAACCUGUUCCACCCUGCAGACCCAUCUGCUUCACGCCUCGAGCCUCUUCUGGAGAGGAAGUUCUACCUGUUGCCCCCCUUUAAUAUUCCCCGUUACCAGAGGUUCCCACUGGGUGAUGGCAAUUCUGCUGUUCUGGUUGAGACAAUCCAGAACAAUCCCAUCCUCCUCAUGGAAAGUAACCCUCUGGGUGCUCUCCAGCACCAGGACAGCUUCAUGGAAACAAGUAUCCCCGUUCCCGUACUGAAUUGGCAAGAUGUUUCCAAUAAAAGUGCUGGUUUUGCUGAGUCAGAUGUUGUUCAGUCUCAUGGUGCCGUCUUCAUGGAAAGCGCAUCCCUGUCCACCCCCAUUUCAGCCCCUCAGUUCAGGGGCUUCCGGAGAGCCAGUGAGAUCAGCAUUGCCAGCCAGGUCUCAGGAAUGGCAGACAGUUACACUGCUUCCAACAUAGCCAACAUUGCUGCCAAGUGGUGGGGAACCAAAAGGAUCGACUACGCUCUCUACUGCCCUGACGCUCUGACGGCUUUCCCAACGGUUGCUUUGCCACACCUCUUCCACGCGAGCUACUGGGAGUCCACAGACGUUGUCUCCUUCCUGCUGCGACAGGUGAUGAGGCACGAGAACUCGAGCGUUUUGGAGCUGGAUGGGAAGGAGGUGUCUGUCUUCACCCCCUCCAAGCCCCGCGAGAAGUGGCUCCGCAAGAGGACUCACGUGAAGCUCCGGAACGUCACAGCCAACCACAGGAUAAACGACACCAUCGCUAAUGAAGACGGGCCUCAGACCUUAACCGGACGGUUUAUGUACGGUCCGUUAGAUAUGGUCACACUCACAGGAGAAAAGGUGGACAUUCACAUCAUGACCCAGCCACCAUCAGGAGAGUGGGUUUACUUUGACACCGAGAUCAGCAACAGCAGUGGUAGGAUUUCUUACGUCAUCCCUGAGAACCGGCGCCUGGGCAUUGGCGUGUACCCCGUCAAGAUGGUGGUCAGGGGUGACCACACGUACGCAGACAGCUACAUCACGGUCCUGCCGAAGGGGACAGAGUUUGUGGUGUUCAGCAUCGACGGCUCCUUUGCAGCCAGUGUAUCCAUCAUGGGCAGCGACCCCAAAGUCCGCGCCGGAGCGGUCGACGUUGUAAGGCACUGGCAAGACCUCGGCUACCUCAUUAUCUAUGUCACGGGCCGCCCCGACAUGCAGAAGCAGAGGGUGGUAGCGUGGUUAGCACAGCACAACUUCCCCCAUGGGAUCGUCUCCUUCUGCGAUGGGCUCGUUCAUGACCCGCUGCGGCACAAAGCCAACUUCCUGAAAUCCCUCAUCACAGACCUCCACAUGAGGAUCCAUGCGGCAUAUGGAUCUACGAAGGACAUCUCUGUGUACAGCUCCAUCAGCCUCCCGCCUACGCACAUCUACAUCGUCGGCCGACCCACCAAGAAGCUGCAGAGCCAGUGUCAGUUCAUCACGGAGGGGUACGCAGCCCACCUGGCCCAGCUGGAGUACAACCACCGCUCGCGCCCCGCCAAGAACACCACGCGCAUGGCGCUGCGGAAAGGCAGCUUCGGGCUGCCCAGCCAGACCGAGUUCCUGCGCAAGAGGAAUCACCUGCUGCGGACCAUCCCCCCCCGGCCUUCGGCCACCGGCAGCAGCGCCAGCCACCGCCCCGAGCGCACCCAGAGCCAGUCCGACAGCGACAAGGAGAGGGACAGGGAACGCAGCCAAAGAAGCAUGAGCAUCGCCACGGGGUGCUGGGGCCGGAGCACAGCAUCCCGGCUGGAGUCUGGCCUCUUGGGGCAGAAGUAGCCAGGUCAGAGCCAGCGACUGUCGGCUGCAGCCACCGGAGGAGAAAACAAAAGGGAAGAGGGACGAGGCCAGUGUUACGGGCUGGAAGGGUAAAUAUGGUGCUACUCUAACAUCAUGGUAUUCUGGGAAGAGACGGGAUGUUUCCCACGCAGAAUGUGCAGGCCUUGCAGCGGGAGCGUCAGGUUUGUGCAGCAUGAGCCCAAGGAACAGCUGGAAGUUGGGGGGGGAAAAGUCUCCAGGUCAAGAUCGCACGCUCUCCUGCCUCCUUCUCUUAUCCAGGUUUAGUGACUGUAAAUACGUGCCUCCUCGCCUUGUUAGCCAUCGCUCCGAUACGCGUGACCGAGUGCUGUCCUCAGAGCCACAGGAACAGGGGAUGAGGCUGGGGGAACUUGUUCGUGGUUGUCCCAGGAGUCAGACUGAGGUGCUCUGCCAGUGCCGGCACGGGGUGGGUUUGGGGGUCGAUAAGCAUGCUGUUUCCCCGGCACAGACAGCCCCAAGCGAAGGAUUUAUCGUGGGCUGUGCCAGGCAGAGCAACCGAGAGCUUUACCUGUACAAAGAGCUUCAAGUUCAGCCACUUUCUCAAGGAGUACGUGCAGUAGCAAAGCAUAAACAUGUAUCGAUGCUGUUGGUAGAGGCAGAAUGUCGGCAGGUUCACGCCCAAGAAAGUGGGGUCAUUAUUAUUACUGUUAUUUUUUAAAGAGACCUUUUAGAAGCCGAUGGAAUUUAAUGCGUUUACCUAUUAAAAGAGGAAUACAAGCUAUUUUGUUUGAGCUGUUACAAACCUCAGACACUUAAUUUGCUGUUAAAGUCUCCAAAUACUCUCGCUAUAUAUUCUUUCCAAAAGUAACUACCGUAUAUUUGGAAGCCGCUGAAGGCACCCAGCAGCUAGAUUGCAUUGCAGUUCUUCUCAUCCAAAUGCAGGGUCUGACUCUCUCAACACCCACCUCUGAGACGUUUUCUUCUUCCCAGGUUCUCUCCAAGUUCAGUAGCAGCUUUCAUGGGAACUAGACUCGCUUCUUUUACCUGUAGUUACUGAACUGUAAAACCUCAUUGUUUUUUGCACUGAUGAUUUUUAGAAUGGAAACCUGUUACCAUCUCAUGUAGCUACACCUAACUGUUUGUAGUGCAUGACAAUGAAAUAUUGCUAAGCCAGGGUGUGUGUGUAUAUAUAUAAAUAUAUGCAUAUACAUAUGCACACACACGUGUAUA